ACCCCUCAGUGCAGCUGUCUGCACACAGAGAGAGUCGACGGUCUGCUGCUGAAACACGACGCAUUGAGACACGAUUUUAAAGUAUAAACCCACCGUAAAUGGUGGUUUAUCACCACCUCGGCCGUCACUCUCGUUUAGCUCUAUCGAUUGUUGUGGAUGGAUUACAUUGUUGUCGUCUCACCGAGAAGCCUUACAACGCUCAGUCAGCAGCGGCAGCCAUCGCUCCGUCAUUGACGCUGGAGAAAAUUGUGAUCUUUUCCUACAAUGGCAGUCUUUAGUCAUCAGGUGCUCCUUGCAGUCACAAGAUCAAGGGGAUCGUAUUUGUUAUCCAAGAGGCACAGCUGCUCCUCCUUGUCUUCCAAAGCCUUUUUCCACAUAGACCCUCCAGGCCACGGCUCGUCCUUAUUGACACUUAAGCACUCCCGCUACGGCUACUCCCACUGUUACAGAGGCCUCAGCCGUGGACACAACUCCGCCCUGCUCGCCCGCUCUCUACACAGCUCAGGUGUUUGGCACCAAGACAUAAAGCAGGAGGACACUAAGGCCUCACCCGCAGCCGCACAGGAUGCUUCUCCAGCGGCAAAAAAUGACUCUGUGACCACUUCAUCCCAGCCCCAACCCCCAUCAACUCCCACUCCGACGCCCACAUCCACAACCGCCACCACAGCAGCCGCCGUCCCUCCGGUGCAGGAGAGGGCGGUCUUGAAAAAAUCUGUGUAUCAGAGGAUUGUGGAUGAGUUGAAGCAUUACUACAAUGGCUUCCGAUUACUCGGCAUCGACAUCAAGAUUGCAGGCAGGAUGGUGUGGAGGCUGCUACAUGGACAGCUGCUCACACGCCGAGAGAGGAGACGGCUGAUGAGGACUUGUGCCGAUCUGUUCCGUCUGGUGCCCUUCAUGGUGUUUGUCAUCGUUCCUUUCAUGGAGUUCCUUCUUCCGGUCUUCCUCAAACUCUUCCCAGAGAUGUUGCCCUCCACCUUCGAGACAGAGUCGAAGAAGGAGGAGAAGCAGAAGAAGGGUCUGGCAGCUAAGCUGGAGCUGGCCAAGUUUCUCCAAGAGACCAUCGCUGAGAUGGCUCGAAGGAAUAAAGCAAAAGCUCAGACAGAUGACGAGACGCAGCGCUUCUCCACAUAUGUCCAGCAGGUUCGGGGCACCGGUGAGCAGCCCACCACGAAGGACAUCGUCCGGUUUUCGAAGCUGUUUGAGGACGAGCUGACGCUAGAGCACCUGGAGCGCCCCCAGCUGGUGGCUCUGUGUAAGCUGCUGGAGCUGCAGCCCAUCGGCACAAACAACUUGCUGCGUUUUCAGCUGAUGAUGCAACUCAGGACCAUCAAGUCAGACGAUGAGAUGAUUGCAGCAGAGGGUGUGCCAGCCAUGAGUGUGUCAGAAUUACAGGCAGCGUGUCGUAGUCGAGGGAUGCGGUCUCUGGGUCUCACCACAGACCAGCUACGUGUGCAGCUGCAGCAGUGGCUGGACCUGCACCUGAAGGAGAACGUUCCUCCAUCGCUGCUGCUUCUCUCCAGAGCCAUGUAUCUGACGGACCUCAAACCAAAAGCCCCAGUCAUCCCGCCUGUUCCCAAACUUGAGAAAGCUACUCCUCCUCCAGUGGAGAAUACAGGAGCGAACACGACCUCAGUCAGUGCUGACAUGUUGGCGGACCCUGCUCUCAUCAUUAAAGACAGACCGGUGGAGGAGCUACGGGACAAGGCACCUGUGGUGUCAGACAAACCUCUGACUCCUGCUGAAGUCCUUCAGGCUAAAGCAGCAACAGAGGUGUCCCAGAAGAGCAAGAUGAGUGCCAAUGGCGUGUAAAGCAGAGCAGGAGCAUCUGGACUGAAGAUGAGGAGAGGGUGGAAAUCACCGUUCUACACUGUCUGGCAUGUUAAUGAUCAUCCAGGAGUCCUGCUGCCUCCACGUCCCUCUUUCUGGUAACACCCAGGAAAGGUCUGCUGCCUCCUCAGUCUCAUCUCAGCAGCUGCUUCUUCAUACCCACAUUUGUUGCACUCCAUUCUCUGUAACUGUCCGUUAGAGCUGGACAAACCAGCCUGAAACUUCACUGGACUGGCAGACCACUAAUGGUGUGAUUUCUUUGACCUACUGUCCUGUACGUGACGCCCACGCCGCCCGUGACAGAGCCUGGUCGACCGUCUGUUUAAUGGUGUCUCCCUACAGUCUAGACAGUCUCCCUCCUGCUCCUGUACAUUUGUAAAUAUCCUGUAAAUUUCUGUCUGUCUUACAUCACAGCAGCAGCUUCGUACAUUUUGCUAUGAAAAUGUUCAAGUUUUUCUCUCUUAGCGGUUUUAUUUUGUUUUGUUUGGAUACUUCAGUCAGGAUAAUAAGACAAGUCAUCAGCUCUUCAGAAAUACUUGGCUGAACUUUUUGGUUCAGUAGCUGUCCCUCCUUCGUCGGGUGACGUGUUGGUGGGCUAGCAGAUUUGGACUGGCCCUGCCUCUGAACAGGGUGACGGAGCGUUGUUACUUGCUGCUGCAAUGAGCAAACGAAGACUGGUAUAUUAUUAAGAGAGAGGUCACUCCUUAAACCCAGAGGUGACUGGUAAAGUGCAGUCUGCUUCCACUGACUGGAAACAUAAUAUUGCAGAUUUGUAUUUGCAGAUGCAGUGUAUGUAUUGUGUUUUAACACUAUGAUGCUAAGAUUUCUGUAAACUGAAAAGAGAAAAUACGUGAUGAUAUAUUAUCAAUAUGGGGAAGAAACUAAAAUCUCGAAGCCACAAAUUAGAUUAAUGUUACUUUUAGUAUUGUGGCAUUAAAAGAGAUAAUUAAUAUCAUUGACUGAUUCGCCCACCUAUCCUACUUCAUGAAGCGCACAUAAAUAUAUCACCCUGAAAGCUGUUAUUGGAAAGUUUACCACAGAAAUGUGUACUGUGUAAGUGCAGUUUUGUGUGUGUUGGACAAUGCUCAAGAGUAACUGAAGUUUUUGUCUCCACACCAUUUUUCCUCAUUGCUAUCCAUCUGUGGGCAGCUCCCAGAAGUGGAUGCCAUAAAUAAAAGAAUAUUUAUUAGGGAAAAAUAUUGCUUAUGAAGAUCUCUAGUAUUUGUUUUACAUAUGUGCCUAAAGUUAAAGGGGCGAUUGUGUUUGCAUUUUUCAUCAAAGAACAGAUUUUCUAUAUUGUACCAUUGUGGUUUGAUCAUUCACCGCGGUGUUUAAAGUGCCCAGUUGCACAUUUUCCUCUUUAGUUGAAUGUCUCCUUUUCCCUGCCCCAUUUGAUCCAAGUAUCAAUCUAAAUUAAUCCUUUCCUUAUAAUCACCAGUGUUGGCACUGAUGAAAAAUCAAUCACCUCUGCGCUUGUGGUGGAAAGGGGAUAAAGAAAAAAUAAAUUGAAAUAAUUUGCUUUAUCAUCUCUGGUUUGUGCUCUGCUGCCAUAUUUGAAAGAUUUCCCCUGAUAUUCUGAGUAGACAUGAACUGAUGUACGCAACACUUACGGCAGUUGGUGCUUUUUAACAACACCUAUCACCGACCUGUUGAGAAAGACGUGUCAUGUUGAUGUGCUUGAGUUUGACUGUUACUAUCUCAGCAGUUAAUGUGAAUGACUGGAAUCAGAUUUCUGCUGUGCACGUGAGACUGAAAAGUGUAAAUGUCUUUACCCGGUUAUUGAACUGGAUGCAGUCUUCUGCAUCCACAGUGCAUUUGUCAUCAGAUGCUCCAACUCGUCCUGCAUAGCCUUCCUUGUGUCACCUCUUGGAACAGGGUUUGUUUGUUUUUCACUCAACAAUAUCAUAGUGUGUGUCGACAACUCUGUGCCUGUCAGGAAACUAUUACUUCCUACUACCACAGUACUGGUUUGGUUCAUCAACACCAUCAUGAUGUGUCCUCUGUCUUCAGAUUCGUUUCCUUCAGUUCAAAUACUGCUGUCCAGUUACUACUUACCCUGCAUUAAAUGUACCAUGGCAAAUUAGCGUUGGGGUGAUGACAUGAAAGUUAUUCACAUGAUUAAAAUCAUGAACCCUUUA